UCGCAGGCUUCUCUAGAGAAAGCGACAUUCUUUAACCUUACUCAGGAGUUCCAGUUGUUUGUAAAAAUCAAUGCCAAUCGUGCAGCCGACCUAGUUCAGAAUGGCGCAGAGGCUACUAAGUACUCCUCCAAGAGAAGUGUCAACCCCCUCUUGAUGGUGGUGAUGAACGAUGUCAAGAAACAGACCUCUCGUAAAUUGAACACCAGCCAACCGUCAUGGGACGACGAGUUAGUGAUUCCGCUCAAGCCUAACUCCUACUCUCAACUAUUAGUCCUAACGGUCUGGGAUAAGCACAAGCGUUACAGAAAUUACUUGGGCGAGCUUCGUCUAUCGGUGAAGGAUAUCUUCAAUCUUGGAGGUGCAAACUUCAAAAGUAGGAGCGAUCUCAAGUGGUACAAGUUAUACUCGAACAGCGAAUAUCACAGUUUUGUCACGGGAUCACUUUUGCUCUCGUUUGAGUUAAUAGUAAAGCGAAAGAAAGUAUCUAGAAAACAGCGCAAGCAACUUAAACAAUCAGAGGACGAAAGAGCUAUGGAGUCGUCUGUGAUCCUCAAGAACUGGAUCAAAUCCUUGAUAGACCCAGAAUUUGAAACCAGUACUAAGCCGGACGAACAGGGCUUUUACAGAGAAACCAAUAAGGCCUCCAACACCCUAGUUGACGCUUCAGAUAUGGAAUCUCUUGUAGAUGAACCCAAUUCUGGUUCUCUGCCUCUCAAACUUCACAAACCUCAUUUCAAUGCUAGAUCUUCUUCUCCCGCUAACGACGACGCCAGUUCUAUUUCUGAGAUGUCAAUGAUGUCUUCGGAUGGUGGAGUUGCAACAGAAAGCGAUUCUGCACUUUUGUCUACUGGAGACGAAGUGAAGACCAAAAAUUCAAAGCGAUCGAAGUUGAGAAAGAUAGCUCUCAAAAGAUCAUCUUUAUUUCAGGAUAAGUUUGCAUUAUCUAAUAGAGAAGUUCUUGGAGUCAUAUUCAUAGAAAUCGUCUCUUGUUCAGAUCUACCACCACUAAAAAGUUUUACUAGAGCUUCUUUUGACAUGGAUCCCUUUGUUGUAGUCACUUUUGGCAAAAAAACAUUCAGAACAAGCUGGAAGCGCCACACAUUGAAUCCAAUCUUUAAUGAAAGAGUUGCAUUUGAAAUCCUACCGCAUGAAAGCAAGUUCAACAUUCAGUUUUCUAUAUUGGAUAAGGACCAUUUUUCUUUCCAUGACGAUGUGGGGCAUGUAUCGAUUCCUAUCCAGGAUAUCACGCAGGUAUCUACGGCAUUGCCCAUGGUUGCUUCAAGUUCUCUUGGAACUGGCAUUCCUAGAAAGUCAGUCUCCUAUAUGUCUUUGAAUUUAGUAGAUGGAGGAUUCACCACUGGUGAUAACGAUUCUCCACUGCAUUCGAGUAUCCGAAUCUUAGAUGAUGACAACUUGAUUCCAUCAAUUCGUAAAAAGAAGUUCAGGAAGAAAGUGACGCUAGAACAAGGCGAUACCUCUAGCUUCAAAGUUAUGAAUCUAAAGUUAGACUUGUACAAAGAUAAGUUCAAGGAAAAGUAUAACCCCGAAUUAAAGAUCCGAGUCAGAUUUGAAACCUACGAGAAUUUGAGAAGACGAUUCUGGGCCAUUCUUUUGGAGCAGUACAAUCUUAACGACAAGGAAAAUGCCUACGAUUACUUUGAGUUGAUAGCCUUGUUAGACACUCUUGGUUGUGGUAAUAGUGACGAGUUGGUAGCUAGCUUCUACGAAAAGCUUGGAAGGCUGACCUGGGGAGGUGAUCUCUUGUCUCACGGUGAGAUCAUAGACUGCUUAGAAGAACAUGUAAAUUCUGCAAAAAGUGAAGGAGAAUAUAAAAUCUUUGAGAUUGAUAAGUGCCCUAUUUGUUUGAACAAGAGACUUAAUAAAAAGAUUGACCGAGACAUCAUUACGCACGUUGCUAUCUGUGCUUCAAAAGAUUGGAGUAUUGUCAACAAAUUACUAGUAGCUACGUACACCACACCACAAUCUGCUUCUCGGAAGUGGUUCUCAAAAGUUUUGAUCAAGAUGACAUAUGGCAAGUAUGUAUUGGGUGGAAAUAAUGCCAACAUCUUGGUUCAGGACAGAAACACCGGCCUUAUCAUGGAAGAGAAAAUGGGAGUCUAUGUGAGAUUGGGAAUCCGUUUGCUAUACAAGGGGUUGGAUAAGGCCAAGACUAAGAGGAUCAGGAUUUUACUAAAAAAGUUGAGUGUCAAACAGGGCAUCAAGUUCGACAGUCCUCAACUGAAAAACGAUAUAGACUCCUUCAUCAAGUUCCACAAGUUGAACUUAUCGGAAUGUCUUGAGACUGAUCCCUCCAAGUAUGCCUCAUUCAACGAAUUUUUCUAUAGAAGAUUGAAGCAAGGGGCAAGACCCAUAGAUUGCCCUAAUGAACUGCAAAUCGUUGUUUCUCCAGCAGAUUGUCGUUGUACAGCUUUUUCCGAUAUCAACAGUGCAACUGAGUUGUGGAUCAAAGGGAAGAAUUUCACCAUUGCUAAAUUGUUCAACGGCAACUUCAACAAUCUCGAGAAUACUGAUAUAUACUCAGCUUCAAAGUGCUCCAUUGGUAUCUUUAGACUUGCUCCUCAAGAUUAUCACAGAUUCCAUUGUCCCGUAGACGGAACUAUUCAAAACAUCAAGAACAUUGACGGAGAGUAUUACACAGUUAAUCCCAUGGCUAUUAGAUCCGAGUUGGAUGUGUUUGGAGAAAAUGUAAGAGCCAUCAUUCCCAUCAAGACUGACCAUUUUGGAACGGUGAUAAUGGUAGCUGUAGGUGCCAUGAUGGUUGGGUCGAUUGUGCUUACUGUUGGAGAAGGCGAUGCGGUUAAACGAGGUGACGAAAUUGGAUAUUUCAAAUUCGGAGGUUCUACCAUUAUUCUUCUUUUCGAGAAGCGAUUCUUCAAGUUUGAUUCGGAUCUCGUAAACAACUCCAAGUCAUGUGUGGAGACUCUUAUUCGUGUUGGUCAGAGUAUUGGCCAUUCUCCAGAUGUCAAGGAACAUAAGCCUGCACGUAUAGAUUUUGCUAAGCAGACAAAGGACUUCAAGUUGAACUUGAUCAGAGUUCUAACCGGUGGAGAUUUGAACAAUGCCAGCGAAUUGAGCAACUGGGAGAGUUCCAACAUCAAGAUAACGACCGAGGAUAUGGAUGAGCUUGUGCAACAGCAGAAUGUUCUUGAUGAAGAGGAAGAGGAAGAGGAU